AUGAACAGCAAUACGGAAGAGCCAAAACGUCCAAGUAAUCAUCAUUACUUGGCGAAGCCACAAAAGCACGCAAAACUAAACAAAAAGAAAAGUAAAGUAAAGUAA